AUGAUGACAUGGCUGGAGCCCCGCAUGGGGGCCCACAGCGCCAACGCGGGCCUCGUCAAGGCCCUGAUGGCGCUGCUGGUGGCGGUGGUGGGCUGCGGGGCGCUGCUGCCCACUGCCACUCUGCAGGCUGCACUGGCGGUGGCACUGGCCACCGACCGCCUGGCGUCGUCGGGCGCUGUUGAUGUCUCCGUACUGCUGGCGCUGAUCGAGCUCAUCAUGGGCAUAGUGUUUGCGCAGCGACUGGAGCACGCUUCAAGGAGGAAGGACGCGGCCAAGGCUGGCGCCGUCAGGGACGACUGCGAUGACUGCACGACUCCCGAGGCCGCCAAGCGCGGCUGCAUCCGGAAGUUCAAAAGGCUCCUGCUGGGCGCCGCCUUCGACGGCGAAGGCGUGCGGCCCACCCUGAUCACCGCCCUGCUGAAGGCAAGGGAGCAGGUUGCCAGUAACGGCACCACCCCUUCCAAACUCCUGGCCCACUUUCAGGGCACCGUAAUCCGGAGCGCCCAGUGUGUGCAGGCCCGCUCCCUGCUGCGCCUCACCGGUGACGCCGGCUCCAUGGUCCUGGGGGAGUGCGACACCCUGCGCGGCGCCCUGGUGCUCAACAACCGCCGCCAGCAGGGAAAGGGCCGCCCCCUGGACAACGCCAAGCUGCAGCGCGUGUUCAAGUCGCUGUCGGCCUCCCACCGCACGACGUGUCGUGAGACAGACGGGUGCCACGCCGCGCUGCGCGCCGCCCUGCAGCGGCUGGAGGGGCAGGGCCUCAGCCUGGACAACACCACCCCCCUCACGGCCGCGUCCGACCUCGUGUCCAACCUGCGGAGCGGCGGCUGCUUUGAGGGCUGCCUGGCUGAGCUGUCCAGCGGAGGCAUCACGACCGGGCCGCUCAUGGGGGCUGUGAAGGCGGCGCAGCGCAGCCUGAGCAAGAAGAUCGACAGCCACCCUUCCGUGCAGGACUGGGCCCUGGCGGACGGCUGGCUGGCGCACGCGCUGUCCCUGCCGACGCCAUUCGACGCCAACGAGGCGGCCGCCACCCCCGCGGCGCCGACGCCCCCGGCGGCGAAGCCGGCGCUGCUGGCGGCGCCCUCGAGGGGCCAGAGCGGCGUGCGCGCGGGCGGCGCGGCUGUCAAGGUUGGGGGCGUGCGGACUGGGUCGCGCAAGGCAUGCGGCGCCGUGAGCCCUGCUGGCAACGCCCCCGGCGCCGCGAGCGGCGCGGAGGGUGGCUGCAGCAGCGGCGGCUCGAAGGCGGCCGCGGGCCGGGGCACAGCUCGGGGUUGCCGCAAGGAGGCGCCCGGCACCGCCGCCUGGGGGCCCGAGCUGUCGGCGUGCCCGCCCCUCCCGGCGCUGCACCGUGCGAGCACGGGCAGCAGCGCUGAGGGGCCGGGGACGCCUGCGGCCGACGGCGAGGGGCCCGCUGGCGGGCUGCACCCCACUGCGGCGCCGGCCUCCCAGGCGACAAGUGGGCAGGAGCAGCAGCAGCAGCGGCGGCAGCAGCAGCAGCAGCGGCAGCAGCAGCAGCAGCAGCAGCAGCAGCAGCAGCAGGAGCAGGAGCAGGAGCAGCAGCAGCAGCAGCAGCAGGAGCAGGGGUCAGCGGGCGCGCAGCCGGCCGGCGAGCCCGGCCUCACCCCCGAGCAGAUGGUCCAGGUGUUGGUUCAGGGGGCGCCCAGCGCGGCCAUCCAGGUGGCCUCGCUCCAGGCCGCAGGCGACGAGGCCGGGGCGGGCGCCGCCCUAGAGCAGGUCCUGGCCGCCUGGCGCCGCCUCGCGGCGCCCGACCUCGCCCUGUUUUCGGCGCUGCAGGACGACAGCAACCUCACGGGCAAGGCGGCCUUUGAGGCGUUCCACGCGCCGCUCCCCGUGUGGAGCGCCGCGCAGCUGAUCAGGGCGCUGUUCCGCGGCGAGGGGCAGGAUGUGGAGGCGGUGCGGCGCAUCGCCGCGGGCGAGGAGGGCGGGCAGUACGAAGCGGCGGGGAUUGUGGCGCAGCUGGCGCCCGUCACCGCCGCGUUUGAGCCCAUCGCCGCGCCCAAGGGCGGGGCGGCGGCGCCGCCGCCAAAGCAUGCGCCGGCCAUGCAGCUCCUGGCGCUGCUGCUCGCGCCGGGCUGGGUCGCGCCCGGGGCCACGCCCGCGGAGCACGCGGCGCGGCAGCUUGCGGCGGACCGGCUGCCGCACCAGGCCCUGCGCCUCAUGAUGGACCGGGCCGACGGCGGCGCCCUGUGGCCGCUGGCGGGCGCCGUCGAGGCCGUCAUGCUGCCGCGGGGCGGCGCCGUGCAGUGGCUGACGGCGGAGCAGAACGAGAGCCAGCGGAGGCUGGCCCACGAGCGCUGCAUCCCAUGGCUCAGCGACGCCGUGGCGCUGGGGCUCUGCCAGUCAGCCAAGGCCAGCAUCCUGGGGCUGCUGCAGCAGGACAGCCAGGUGCUGCAGCACGCGGGCGUCGACCCCGGCGGCGCGGCGCUGGUGCUGGCGGGCGCCGCGGAGGCGUGGACGACAGUAAUGGAUGCCGCCUAUCUCCACCAGCGGCUCGCGGAGGAGGCGGUCACGCUGGCGCAGGUGCAGGCGCGGCGGGCGGCGCUGGAGGCCGGUUUGGGGAGGGCCUAUGGGUUCAUCGCGGCGGCCUACAGGUGGGAGAGCCGCGGCCUGCCCCUGCCGCCGGCGUGGAUGCUGCGGCAGGCCCUGGGGCUGCCGCGCGGCCACGACGCGCCGCUGCAGCUGCCGUGGGUGGCGCCGCAGCAUGAGGUGCAGGAGGUGCAUGAGGUGCAGGAGGUGCAGGAGGAGCAGCCGCAAGUUGACGUGCCUGAGGUGCGGGAGGAGGCCUCGGCGGCGACCGAGCAGGCCCCUGCAGCUGCGAACAGUGGGGGCGAGGCGCGUGGCGGCCGGCGGGCCCGCGGGCGGCGCCUGCUCGUGUGGGGCGCCGCGGCGCUGGCGGCGGGGGCGGCGGUAGUGCUGGGGUCUGCGGUGCGCUCCAGGCGCCG